UGUGUACCUGACCCUGGGUCAGUUGUGUGUUUUGAAAAUAGAUUAUAACUUAACGUGCCAGGAACCAGAAGAGACGCCAGUAACAUCACUGUUGGAUAAGCUAACAAGCAGACCAAGAGCACUUCGAGCACAGGACGUCUUUCUCCCAGAGCUCGAGGCGACAGAAGCAGCACAGUGAUAUUGUUUUAACUCUUGAUGCCAGCGAUGCAUGGACAGUGAUAAUGAUGCCUGAAACAAGGGACGUAGAUGGAAAAGUUCUUACCAAAAGCUAACUGCAAUUUCAAGACACCCUUCAGCAACUUCCAGGAGUGCCGCAACUGUUGCCGUUUCACCACGUAAUCAAUAAUGUCAUUACCCAAAGAGUCCUUAAACAGAGGGAAAGAUCGAGAGAGGGGGGCCCGUCCCAAAGUGAGACAGAGCCGUUCAGAGGAGAGACGAGAUGCUGGCAGUGGACGGAAAGGAGGAAAGGGGAAGAAAAAAGGUCUCUCCUCCCAUGAACCAGCAGCUGAGCGGCCUGUCAGUGAUGGCUUUGAGUAUGGUGAGCUGUUGAGUGACCUGGAGACCAGGGACCAAUCUUCCUCCUCACCUCCAAAGGAGACCUGGAGAUGGCAGGGUUUGGAAGUUGCUGCCUCAUUAUUAGGACAAGAACGGGUAACAGCCAGGCCAGGGAUGGGAACAGUAACCUCUGCUGCAGAGCUGUCUGCACCCAGUGAAAGUGAGGGCAGAGGUUCGAGCAGCAAUCGCACUCUCCGGCAAAAAAUCCAAGAUGCAAUGGGCCAGUGUUUCCCAAUAAAGACACACACUGCAGCGGCACCAGCACCAACUCCCCAGGCUCUGUCAUCAUCAACUGCCUGUGCCUCCUCAAGGCGCAAGAUCCAUCUCAGUGAGUUGAUGUUGGAUGACUGCCCUUUCCCUGUAGGAUCAGAGCUUGCACAGAAGUGGUAUCUAAUUAAGCAACACACAGCCCCCAUUACUCAGCCGCCCAUGGUUGAUUCUGCAGUAGGGUGCAGUGCCCCCUCUUCAGCAACAGCAACUGUGGUGGAGGAUGUCGAUGACAGGUUGCGAGAGCGCAGGCGCAUCAGCAUUGAGCAAGGUGUUGAGCCACCGCCCAAUGCAGAGAUCCACACGUUUGAGGUGACGGCCCAAAUUAACCCUCUCUACAAGCAUGGCCCUAAGCUGGCUCAUGGUAUGAAUGAGUUAGCCGGGCCUGACAGAGCCUCCGUUCAUCAGCAACAGCAGCUCCUUCUCCAAAGACAGCAGCAGCACCAGCUUCUCCUACAGAGUUGUUUGGACACUCUGGAUGAGGUGGUGGCCUCAGCUUCAGCUUCAGCCUCUGCCGUUGCCGCUGCCUCUGCCCCUGCCUCUGUUCAUACUUGUGAUACUAUUUCUGACCCUCUGGUGGACACAGAGGUGACGGCAACCAGCAUGCCCUCUCGGGCCAUAGUUCCUCAGGCUGAGCAUCACAAAUCUCAUGAUGGCUACCGCAUUCACACUCAGAUUGAUUACAUUCACUGUUUAGUUCCAGACCUGCUGCAGAUCACCAACCUCCCGUGUUACUGGGGGGUCAUGGACCGCUACGAGGCCGAGAAGCUGCUGGAAGGAAAGCCUGAAGGCACUUUUCUCCUGCGUGACUCUGCCCAGGAAGACUACCUCUUCUCCGUCAGCUUCCGUCGCUACGGCCGCUCGCUCCAUGCACGAAUUGAACAGUGGAACCACAAUUUCAGCUUCGACGUGCACGACCCCAGUGUCUUCCACGCUCCCACUGUUACAGGAUUGUUGGAGCACUACAAGGACCCCAACUCCUGCAUGUUCUUUGAACCCCUGCUGUCCAACCCCAUCCACCGCACACAGCCUUUCACCCUGCAACACAUCUGCAGAGCAGCCAUAAGCAGCUGCACCACUUAUGAUGGAAUUAACAUGCUUCCCAUUCCAAAUGCUUUAAAAAAGCAUCUGAAAGAGUACCACUAUAAGCAGAGAGUACGUGUACGGCGUAUGGACACCUGGUGGGAAUGAAGAACAAAAAAAGUUAUUCACUAGAAUAAACUACUAAAUGCAUUUAAAACACAAGUCUCCCUGAACUGAACAGUGAUUCUUGUUCACUCUCUCUGGCUGUAUUAACAUACACUGCACUGUACUUAUUUAUUUUAUCCCUGCUGUACAUGUCUAAACAAUUUUACUAAACUACACUGAUGAGACAACAUGUAUCUCACUGAUCUUGUACACUCGAAGUUCUUUAUGCUCAAAUAAACAAACUUAUUUAGA